AUGCAGUGGGUCAUUGACUUGGUGGGACCUAUGCUGACGGCACCUGCCAAUAAAGAGAUGAUGAUCGUUGCCACUGAUUACUUCACCAAAUGGAUCGAGGCCGAGGAUUUAUCUUCUACCAAGGAAGCUGAUGUUGAACGGUUCAUCUGGAAGAACAUUAUUUGCAGAUUCAGUUGCCUGCAAUCGAUAGUCACCGACAACGGUACACAGAUCGUGGGCAGGCAGACCACCGCAUUCCUUGCGAAGUAUGGCAUCAAACAGCACCUGUCAACUCCCAGAUACCCGCAAGGCAAUGGCCAAGCAGAGGCAUCCAACAAGAUCGUGCUGGACUGCCUAAAGGAAAGACUGGAAGGCGCAGAAGUAAAAUGGGUCGACAGGCUGCCAAGAGUCCUAUGGGCUUAUCGCACAACCAAAAGGAGAUCAAACGGAGAGACACCAUUUUCCCUGGCCUAUGGGAACAGAAGCAAUCAUUCCCCCACACAUCACAAUCCCUUCCAUGAGUAUCGAGGUGGGCAGUCUUGA